AUGGUUCGAUUGCGAUCUGGUCUGGCUGCUGGCGAGGACGAAGGGUUGCAGGCUUCUGAUGCAGGGACUUCAACGGGGCAACCCCCCGUCGUCCCAAACGAUCAGGAACGCAUCGCAGCGUUGGAACAACUGGUGAACCAGUUAGUCCAGCAAAAUGCGAUAAUUCUGCAACGCUUAGCUGCCCCCAACGAGGAGAGAAACAGUGAAGUACCCAACAAUGACUCCCAUAGGGUUAACAACGACGUUGAGCUUAGUCAAAUAGGGGGUCAACAGAGGAGCCAUCACCAUCGGUCUUCUGAAUGGAAUACAACCAGGCUGACAGAUCGUCUCGCCGCCCGAGCCCAGACAGAGCAAGUCUUUCUGCAGAUUCAAGAUGACGCAUCAUUAAAAUGGCCGCCAAAGCUAAAAGCUGGUCCAACAAAGAGGUCUCGAGAUAAAUACUGUAGGUUUCACCGGGAUCAUGGACAUAACACAGAAGAUUGUUUCGACCUCAAAAACCAGAUCGAGAACCUUGUUUGUAAAGGUCAUUUACGCAAAUUCACAACUAGAAAUCGAAAAGGAGGCUCCAACCCAGCCCAGGAGGGCCGAGAUGAUCGCCCUCCUCAACACCAACCAAUAGGUGAGAUCAAAGUUAUAUCGGGUGGCUUCGCUGGUGGUGGUGAGACAAGUUCGGCUCGGAGGGCUUAUGCUAAGAGAAUUCGGAGUUUUUCAGAGGUGAAUGAAGUUGGAAUGACAAGUCUUCCAACAAAAUUACCUCGAGUUGAGGAGCCGGUCAUAACCUUUUCUGAAGAAGAUGAUAAGGGAAUUCACCAGCCCCAUGAUGACCCUCUGGUAGUUUCCAUGGUCGUUGCUAAUUUCACUGUUCGACGAAUACUGAUAGACAAUGGUAGCUCGGCUGACAUACUAUUUCUUAGGGCGUACGAGAAAUUGAAAAUCGGCCAAGAGAAGCUCUGA